CAUCUUCUCAACCCAUGAAACCAUCCACUGCACCCCUGAAACAAUCCCGCCCGCCCCAGGCCAGGCCUCUCCACGUGCCUAAAUACAACGCUAUGACUCGCUACAGCCCCCUGAAAGUCAGCAAAUUCAGCGACAAAAGCAUCGAUCCCCACCGCUGUCAAAGGGAGGGAUUUUACCUACCUGCAGGAUAGUUGGAUGCAGACAUGGGAUAGAGGUAGCGUUUCCAAUGCCAGGGACCGGGACUGGACCAGCGAGGAUUGGCGCACCUGUUAUGAUGCGAUUUUACCUUUGAUGACUUGAUCGGGCACAGCUAGGAUGCAGGAGACUUUACAGGAGAUCUCUUUGUUUAGGGAGUUUCUUUCUUGGAACUUGGUAAUCUGCGGUAAGACUUGACUCGUACCUGAUUUUGUCUUGGUAUCUUGAUCUACAGAGCAGAGCACGUCAAGUAUGUCGAUGAGUGAAGGGACGCUGGAGGAUUAUUUCAGGAUCCGGACACCUCCGAGUCGUGGUGCGGAAAUCAUCCGGUUCUGGGAGGCGUUGUUUGAUCUGCUUGGUGAGCUGAAAGGGUGCCAUACCAGCGGGAGUGCUCAUCUGAAUAUUGCACCGGAAAGGAUACACAGUGUCGAGGAUGGUCAGGACGGACACUCACGGUGGGGUCUGGACUUUCGGAAUUCAGACUCCAACAUUACAGGCAGAAAGCCUUCGCAGUACGAUCCCCCGGAGCUGUCCAUGUCCCCUGAACUUUCAUCUCAUAUGUCAUGGACUACCGACAUAUGGUCACUAGGAUGUAUUUACAGCGAAGCCGCCAUCUGGCUUACAGAUGGAUAUUCGGGACUCCAAGAGUAUCGAUAUCAAAGGCAAACAGAAGCAAGUUCUGUUUUCCCGAUCUCAAAUCACAGCAAAACAUGCCCCUUUCACAAUGGCAUUGAAGUCAUGAAAUGCGUUCAGAAUGCCCACAUAGACAUUGAAGCCCGUCUGCGCCGGUCCGAUCAUAUCACUAAGAAUGUGCUGGAGACCAUGGUCCAGGAGAUGCUCUGGGAAGAGGACCGCCCUAGUACGAAGGCUUUGCUGAGGAAAGCGGAUGUUGUGUUAUUGAGAGCGAGGCAGAAAGUUGGUGUGGACUCGGAAUCUGGAAAUAGAAGCGGAAUAGUCAGCCAGGGAAGCCGGCAUAGGAGGGAGUAUCCUCCGCCAGCAUUCCCGUCUCCGACUCAACCAUUACCGCCUCUUCCGAAGCGUGCUGUACCAACUCUGAAGUCUGUCUCUAGAGCAGACAGUGCAACGAUCACCGAGCGGGAGCAGAUGUCACAAAGGUCAGAAAGAGACUCAACGAUCCAGCUGCGAAUAGCUCAUAUGUCUCCAAACGUUCCUCACAGACCGGCUCCAAACCAAGGACGACCACGAACUCUUCCAAAACAGGACUCAAGCGACCCUAGAUCUAAAUCAACACAUGACCAAGUCAACACAUCUACUCGCGAGCCACAUGCAACACCAUUCAUUCUACCGACUCUAAAUAACUUCCAUCCAGUAACGCAGACCUACGCACCAGAUGUAUCCGCUUCACACUCAGAGAUCGCACCAAGCUGCAUAAAGCCAGAGGAUAUCUUGCCAGCAAGACCACCUAGUUAUUCAAGGAGUCAUCAGUCCAGCACAUACUCUCAACCACUCUCUUCAUCUACUGGUCAAGAUGACAGUUUCCUAGAUGCUCUAUCGUACGUCCCGACAGUAGAAGAGACUCGUCCCGAAUUCAAACUGCCAAAACGAGGAAUUGGUUUCUCCCUUUUCCCCUCACGAUCAAGACACGAAGCGUCUCCAAAACAAAGUCGCAUAAAUGUUCCGUCCAUACCACGCACACCAUCAUUAAUAUCAGAUGAUGCACCAAACCUGGAGUAUAUUUCGCUCAAUACCUGCUUGGAGUGGAAGAAAGCGAAUAAGAAAGUGAAGAAACAGGCGAACAUUCCGCCUCUAUUGAGCGUUACGAUGAUGGAGGAGUUGGGUGAACGAGAUCAUGCAUUUAUAAUUGACGACUCUGCAUCUAUGGCACCUGUCUGGCUUGAUGUCCAGCGAGUUUUCGAAGCACUUUCCUACCUCGUGAAAGGCAUGUCACCAGAAGGGACAGAACUAUUCUUCACCGUAUCUUGUACGCCGCCUCAGUAGCCUCCAAAUCUCGACUACUUUUGUCCAGAGCAGAAUAGCUAACAGUAAGCAGACUCCACAUACCGCCGUCGCUCCACCUCCGAACUCUGCACCCACCUCUCCACCCACCCCCUCAGCGGUCAAACCAACAUCCUCUAUCGCCUAAACCUCCAGCUGCAAGCUUACCGCCUCAAACUCCUCCACGCCAAAACACCGCCAAACCAAAAAUCCAAAUCCAAAUCCAAGGAACCCGUCCGUCCGCUAAGCAUCUAUAUCCUCACCAAUGGAGAGUGGACCGGCGAAGGCGAUAGAGGUGCCGAGGAAGUGCGGGAUGCGAUGCGUGUGAUGGGAGAGUUUUUGAGGGGGGAGGGACUGGAUGAGGGGAGUGUGAGGGUGCAGUUUGUGAGUUUUGCGAACGGAGGGAGUGCGGG